UUCCGCAUGUGUCUUGCUUUUCUCAUGCUAGUAGAAACUGCCAGAAACUUAUCAGUGAGUAAACUAUACCGUAUUUUUUACAGAAAACUAAGUGUACCAACAUCUAGAUUUAUAGAACAAUUGGAUGCGACACUAAAACUGUAAUUAUAACUUAAUGAUGACGCUGAUUAGACAUUUUAACGAUUGAAAUAUCCAAAGUUAGCAAGCUGUCACCAUAGGCAAUCAUUUGGAGUGGAGUUCAAUGUCCACCUCAACAUAAAAUAAAGCAAAAAUCUUUCAUAGUCGCCUUAAACUGAUUUGAAAAUGUCGGACCAGUCAGAGCACCGCACCAAAACCUUAAAUUUCAACGUGGGAGUGCUUGGGCAUGUUGACAGUGGAAAGACUUCCCUGGCUAGGGCUCUGAGUAGCACCGCAUCCACCGCUGCUUUUGAUAAGAACCCGCAGUCCAAGGAGAGAGGUAUCACCCUGGACCUGGGAUUCUCCUCCUUCACGGUUGAGCUCCCAGAUCACCUGAAGGAGAGCGCCGGGGAGCAGUACGACAGCCUCCAGUUCACCCUAGUGGACUGUCCCGGGCACGCCUCCCUUAUUAGGACUAUCAUUGGAGGAGCUCAGAUCAUUGACCUGAUGAUGCUGGUGGUGGAUGUGGUGAAGGGCGUUCAGACUCAGACCGCAGAGUGCCUCCUGAUCGGGGAGCUCACCUGUCAGCGAAUGAUCGUCAUCCUCAACAAGACCGACCUGCUCCCCGAAAACAAGAGGCAGAGCGCUGUAGAGAAGAUGACCAAGCGGCUGCACAAGACACUGGAGAACACAAGAUUUAAAGACUGUCCCGUGAUUGCCGUAGCAGCGAAGCCCGGAGGUCCAGAGGCUCCGGACACAGAGGAGCCACAGGGAGUGUCAGAAUUAAUACAGCUGUUGAAGAAGCAGACCUACCUCCCUCAGAGAGACCCGGGUGGAGACCUCCUGAUGGCUGUAGACCACUGUUUCUCCAUCCGUGGACAGGGCACCGUCAUGACCGGCACCAUCCUGCAGGGGGCGCUGGCCAUCAAUGACACUGUGGAGAUCCCAGCACUCAAGGUAACCAAGAAGGUGAAGUCCAUCCAGAUGUUCCGUAAACCCGCCUCCACGGCAAUGCAGGGUGACCGCGUGGGUGUGUGUGUGACCCAGUUUGACCCUAAACUCCUAGAGCGGGGCGUCAUUUGCACCCCUGGGUCCCUCCGCAUGCUUUACGCUGCCGUCAUCACCGUCCAUAAGAUUGGCUAUUUCAAAGGUGCCCUGUCCACCCGUGCCAAAUUUCACAUCACCGUUGGACACGAAACUGUUAUGGCAAAAGUGUCAUUCUUCGGGCUGCCACCAGGAUCAACAAGCUCAAAUUCUCCACAGAAAAAUUCACUAGAAUCCCCUUUUAAUUUUGAUAGAGAGUAUUUCUAUCAAGAUGAAUAUUUAAUUAGUCCAGCAGAGGGCAGCACUGGGAGCGAUCCCGAGCAGUGGGCGCUGUUGGAGUUUGAGAGGCCGGUCACAUGUCCCUCUCUCUGCCUCGUGAUUGGUUCAAAGCUGGACACGGACAUUCAUGCCAACGCGUGUCGUUUGGCCUUCCAGGGGCAACUUCUGCAGGGAUUUGAGGAUAAAAACUACAUAGAAACAGGACUCCCCAAACUCCGGAUCUACAAGACCAAACAGAAGGAGGGGCAAGUGGAGCGGGUCACAGAUGACUACACCGUGAUUGGCCGCAGCCUGUUUAAGAAAGAGACGAACCUGCAGCUGUUCGUGGGGUUAAAGGUCACACUGUCGACUGGAGAGACCGGAGUCAUCGAGGGCGGCUUUGGGCAAAGUGGAAAGUUCAAGAUCAGAAUACAAGAGGGCCUGCUUCCAGAGACGAAACAGCUGCUGAACUCCACCUCAAAGAAGAAAGGUAAAUCUGGAUCUAAAGGACAAACCAGUGAAGAGGAGCCAAAAGCAGAGUCCACUCAGCCUGUGUCCAUUCACCUCAACUUUAAACGCUACGUGUUCGACCCCCACAAGAAGAUGGUACAGUCCUGACAAUAGAUAUCUGACAACUUGAUAAUAAUGAUAGGUGAUUUGCAUUGUUGUGAGGGGCAUUUCAUGUGUUUUAUUAAGAAAAUAGGCUGCAAAUCUUAUGUUGAGAAUGUGAAAAACAAAAUCGCUGCUUAUGAAAUGGUCUAAGUUUUUGUACAAUGUUCCUAUUCACCUCAGUACAUUCAACAUCAACAUUUAAUAGCUUUAUGUUACAUUUUGGUCAAGUAAAAAUGUUCUGUUUAAUGAUUUAAUACAUUUCAUUCUUUAUAAAACAUAGAUUGUCUGAUGGGUGAUGUAACAAUAAUAAAAUAAUUUAGUGAUCUUACUGUUAAUUUCACGUGCUUGCUCAAACACAGUGACUUUUCUCCACCCACUCCUCCUGUUGGUCACCGUCUGUCAUGUUCAGAGUGAGUGACAGGUGGCGUUAACCAAUCAUAGUAAAGUGGGAACGUGCAAAAGAAGAAGAUGGUUUUAGUUACCUCUGAAAAGCAAUGCAAAGUGUACAAGAAUCAUGAGAAAAUUAUGAUGAUCAAGGCUAAAUCACAAUAUGAUUUUUUUGUUUGCCUUAUCGCCCUCCAUUACUUUGUUGCCAAAUGUGAAAUAAAGCAGCAUUUAAUCAUGGUUUGUAACUGAAAAGUGAUUCAAAUCUGAACCCUGGG